AUGCCUUGUGGGAAUUGCACUCGUGGCGAGGGUGAUUGGGCUGGCUGCGUCGUUGCGCCGUCGGGUGAGGGCCAUUUAACUGCGUAUGCGUGUGCGAAUUGCGUACGUCGGGGACUGGAAGAUACGUGUUCUUUGAGAUUGAGGGAUUUGAAAGAACAGGCACAGCAGUUGUUGAGUUCUGUUAUCAGUGGGAAUAAGACCGGGAAUUCUGGGAAGGAUGAAACUGUGAAUGAGAGGGAUAGUGGACACAUUGCUGGUGGUCCUGGGGAAUUGGGUCAAGUAGAUUGGCCUGCCCAGUCUGACAGCGCCAGCAUGUCUAUGGAUAUCGAGUCUACUACCGGUUCGACUGUUAGCUGCAAUCCGAAGGCUGCGCUGGACACUGGAGGGCUGAAUGGACGGAAUGGUAGUUGCGGAUUGGACAGUGGAGGACAAGUUGAGAAAGAUGGAGAUGUCAAGAUGCAGGAGGAGGAGGAGUUUGACCUGAACGUUACGUUUACUGAGAGUGAACUUGCUGUUAUUGAGGUUCGGAAGUGGAUGAAUGAGCCCCUUAUGACGCUGGCUGAGUUGGAGAAGGAGCUGGAGGGGUGGAAUGACUGA